CCAUUUUGGUCGAAUUACAUUUUAAAUUUCAGUGCGCGCUCCUGGUCCGAACGAUAGAGCCGGAGGAACUGAUAACCCGCUUCACCAUUAACAAUCCGUCUCCACGCUACUAAUAAAUCCCUGGGAAAAUAGCACAAUGUCCGAAGAGAAGCCAAAGGAAGGAGUGAAGACGGAAAAUGACCAUAUUAACCUCAAGGUAGCUGGUCAGGAUGGGUCGGUCGUACAGUUCAAAAUAAAAAGGCAUACUCCGCUCAGCAAACUAAUGAAGGCAUACUGCGAAAGACAGGGAUUGUCAAGUCGUCAGAUAAGGUUUAGGUUCGAUGGGCAGCCAAUUAAUGAAACGGACACACCUGCACAGCUGGAGAUGGAGGAUGAGGACACUAUUGAUGUAUUUCAACAACAGACAGGAGGAGUCUUUUCUUAAGUGGGAUGUGGAUUCUACCCUUUGAAGAACAUCCACACCAUUAUUUUCAUGUUGUCCUCUGUUUAUUUCUGUUUAUCUUUUAUAACGCGCCCCCCCCCCGCUUGGCUAAAUGUCAAGCUGUUAAUAACAUAAAAGAAAGUAGCAGAGGUUUUUCAUUUGGGGCCAUAUCCAAACGUUGAGAUGCAGGGUACUUUUUUAAAAUGUGUUUUAUCCACAUAACUGGUAGAUUUGAAAUUGUCCAAGGCAGGGACAAGUCUCAGAUCAGAUAUGGCUCGUAAUGAAAAACCCAUUACGUUCUUUCGAUAUUGAGAUUCUCUUGCAUGUCUCAUAAACCAUAAGCUGAACUACAUGCCAACCACCACCCCCCCCUUAAGUUUUCCAGAUUGUUUGUAAGCAUUCAAAUUCAGGAUGGGCUCCCACUAUUUUUAAUUCAUAGGAAAACUGCUGGAUGGGAGCCCGUGGUUUCUCUCCAUAGAUGGGGAAAGACGUUCUGACAUUCUUCAUGUAUAAAACUUUGGUAAUAGUUUUUUUUUUUUUUUUUUUAAAGAACAUUCAAAAUCAUUUGAUGUAUCCAUGUUGAUUUUACCUUCAAAAUUUGCUAAUAAAUUCUUGUGCAGAGAAAGAUCCACAUGGAUGGUUUACCUCAAUACUGAUGCCCUCAAAGCAGAUUUAACUAAAAGUGCAGUAAUGUUUCUGGACCAAAAAGCUGAAUGAAUAAUGCUCUUUUUUUAAAAGGGUUUGGUUAAUAUAUAAAAUGUAGAUGUAAAGGGUUACUGUGACUGUAAUAGCGGUCUUUGUUAUGACACAACAGGAGUUUUCUUGAUGUGUAAAUUGGUUUCUUUCCCACCUUUUCAGGAUUUUAGAAUAAAAACAAUUCACCUUUUAUCAGUCCAGAAAUGAGGUGUUUCAUCUAAUGUUAUAUAUUUCAGUCUUUGUAUUAGUAAAUAUUGAGCCAGUGCAGUUUUGCCAAUUUCAGUACGUUUGUGCUAAAUCUAUCCAACAUUAUCACCAAAUGCUUAGUUUGUUUUGACUCGUGUGUUGGUAGCAAUCUUGUUUUAUGAGAAUGUCCACCUUCAUUUUAAAUAUUAACAAGUUAGAUUUGCAAGGUGACAAGGGAGAUAUCCAUUUUUUUCAUUUGUACAUUAUUUGUUGUCCCAAUACUGUAUACAAUAAAUAUAGUUUGAUAUUCA